GAAGUUUGUUGAACUUUCUACCGAAAACAACGUACGUAAUUCGCACAUCGCUUGCCUGUAGCUCUUGCUACCCGAGCGCUGCAAAUAGUAUGAACACAGCCGGAGGAACCGAUACGGGUACAGGGUCAUCGACAGAAAGUGACGGGCCAACGCCAGAUGGGCGGGACAUAACGGUUUCUGAGGCAGUGAUUGGCAGGCAGCUCAGCGAACCGGGUCGCUUUGCCUACGCUGGACUGUGUGGGGUGUCCUUGGGUCAGCUGUUCUCAGGCCCGGAGCACAGAUGCUUUCGGGAGCAGUACCUGGAGGGGCUUGUGAGCUGGCUGGGUCUGGACGAGUCCGUAAUGCCAGUCAUGGGAGCGUUCCUGGCGGGAUUGGGGUUCGAGGGAAGUGACACGUUCCUCUCCAUCCUGCAGGGGGAGCCUCUGUUGUGCUCAGGGUCUACGCCCAUCAUACAGGACCUGGUUUCCUUCUCCGUCAAAGACGGUCAGUACGACGCCCGGGCCCGGGUCCUCAUCCGGCACGUCGGCUGCCUGCUGCGCGUGUCUCCCCAAGAGCUGGAGGAGUUUGAGGAGACGCUGGGAGAGAGGCUGAGAGAGGGAGGAGAGGAGAGCGAAGAGGAGUCCUCUCGCCGACGCAGGAAGGAAAGGGGCAGGAAAUUGCGUCGGUACCUGCUGAUUGGUCUGGCCACCGUGGGUGGGGGCACCGUGAUUGGAGUGACGGGGGGGCUGGCGGCGCCCCUGGUUGCCGCGGGCGCGGGGGCGGUCCUGGGAGCCGGCGGGGCGGCAGCUCUGGGUUCUGCUGCGGGCAUCGCCAUCAUGGCCUCCCUGUUUGGGGCGGCAGGGGCGGGGCUAGCCGGCUAUAAGAUGAAGAAGCGGGUGGGCGCGAUCGAGGAGUUUGAGUUCCUGCCGCUGAGCUCGGGGAAGCGGCUCCGCGUGACGGUGGCUGUGACAGGCUGGCUGUGCGGCGGGAAAUACAGUUCGGUCCAGGCCCCCUGGAGCAGUCUGGGGGCGUGUGGGGAGCAGUACUGCCUGGUGUGGGAGUCUCGUUUCCUGCGGGACCUGGGGUCGGCGAUGGACUCCCUGCUGGACGGACUGGUCAGCAUCGUGGCCCAGGAGGCACUGAAGUACACCAUACUGUCAGGCAUCGUCACAGCGCUGACAUGGCCCGCCUCCAUCCUGGCAGUGGCCAGUGUGAUCGAUAACCCCUGGGGGGUGUGUCUCAGCCGCUCUGCAGAGGUGGGAAAGCACCUGGCACAGGUGUUACGGAGCCGGCAGCAGGGGGAGCGUCCGGUCAGCCUGAUUGGUUUCAGUCUUGGAGCGAGAGUCAUCUACUUCUGCCUGCAGGAACUCGCCAAUGAUACAGGCAGUGAAGGUGUGGUGGAGGAUGCCAUCCUGCUGGGGGCCCCAGUCGAUGGGUCGCCCAAGCAGUGGGAGAGAAUGUCCAAAGUCGUGGCUGGAAAGAUUGUCAAUGGAUACUGCAGAGGGGAUUGGCUGCUGGGAUUCCUCUACCGGGGGUCAUCAGCCCAGCUGUGUGUUGCUGGACUUCAGCCAAUCAGCUUGGACGAUCAGCGUAUGAUUAACGUGGAUCUGUCCUCAGUGGUCAACGGCCAUCUCGAUUACAUGCGUCAGAUGGAGACCAUCCUCAUCGCCGUGGGAGUGCCGACGCGGGAGAGGGCCAGAGUCCCGACUGUCGCGCCUCCGGAGUGUACGGAGGAGGGGCGAGACCCUGGGCAGGACCAAUCGGUAGAAGGGGGCGGGGUUUCCCAGGAUGAGAGGGUGGAGCCUGGAGACAAAGGAGGGGGAGGGGGAGGGGGAGUGGCUGAAGGGGAGCCAGUGUGUGACACGGACAGGAGUGUCAUCGCCCGUCUCGGGGAGGAGUCAAGGCAGGGGGACGAAAAGGAAGGAGCAAAAGAGGGGUGCGCAGCUGACGGUUGGGAUAUUCCGGACAUUUCCGAUCUGUUGGAUUCCCUGAAUGAUGUAGACAUUCCAUCGCAGCACUGCCUUCUGGGUAGUUCAGUGGAUGGGCCUGAGCAGAACGUCAUUUCCAAAAACGUGGGCUUAAUCCUGGAGCCCCGGUGUGGAGCAGAGGGGGUGGACACAACGCACUGGGACUGGGACACAACGAACUGGACCACUGAGCACUCUUGCACAGAAACUGGGAAUGGGCAACCUGGCUGCAGUUCCUCCUCAGGCCAACAGGUGGCAGUGUCACUACAGUCAGUUCAGGAGACGGACUCUGACACAACACUAUCAAGUUCCCACCGUAGUGGGUCAGCUGAACAAAAUGUAAAAAGGUCCAAGGACAAUAAUAACGUUUAUUAGUUAAAGCCGUUUUUUGUGUUUAAAAAUAAGAGUAAUACGAAUAAGUCUCUCCUUGUUACCAGCCAAUCUCAGCUUCAUGAAAUUAAACGUAAAUUCAAAGGAAAAGACACUAAUCCUAACAAUAUUUUAGUAUCUAAAGUUUGUGUGAAUUGCUUCUAAAAUCCUAAAAGUAAAGUCCUAAACAUUAGAAACGUUCAGUAUUCUGGGAAGCUGAAGGUAAUUAUUGAUUACUGAUCUUAUGUAUAUCAAUGUGGUAAAAUGAUUGUGUUCUUGGCUGUUUACUGUACAUUAGGAGGAUAUUUGGCCCUUUUUUUGUUCUUUCCAUCUGUCUGAUGUUUCUAUCUCUGUCUCUUUGUUCAUCUCAGUAGUGCCUGCAAAGAUGGAUUAUGAAAAUUAAAUUAAUUUCAUCUUCA